UCUAUAAAGAUGAUAUCCAUAUUUCAACAUCAAGGAAGACGAUGCAACUUGUUAUCCUAUUUCUCCUCCUCUUAUCUGCUUCCUCUUUAAGCUCAAGCAGCAAUGUCUUUGGUUCGACAAAUGGAUAUGGAAGAGGCCGAGAAGGAGGAGAAGAAAAAGAACAAGAAGAAGUUGUUGGGUAUGGUUAUACCAUCGAAUCUGUGGCUAUCGAGCCAACCUCGUGUACGGGACGGCCCUCGUCGUUGAAGGCCAAUCUUCGCCUCAUCAAGAGUACUUCCGUCUUUGGACCUGACAUUGAGAACCUUCAACUUAUUUCCAGAUUCGAAGCGGAUGGACGUCUAAGAGUACAUAUAACAGACAGUGAGAAACAAAGAUGGGAAGUGCCAGAAGAUAUCAUUGCUCGGCCAACUCACCGCUCUAACCCAAAUAGCUGCCAGCAGUCGUUGCUGGGUCGGGGCGUGAUCUCCAUAGCCGAUAGUGCCUCGGAUUUCGUCUUUAUUCUCCGGAACACAACCCCCUUCAGUUUCUCCAUAGCCCGCCACUCAUCAGGAGAAAUCCUAUUCGACACAUCAUCCGCAGAUUCCGAUCCAGCAAAGUACCUUGUCUUCAAGGAUCAGUAUAUCCAACUGUCCUCAUUGCUCCCGAAGGAUCGAUCGUCCCUCUAUGGCCUGGGGGAGCACACAAAGAGGUCACUUAAGUUACAAUAUAAUCAGACCCUAACGUUGUGGAAUUCCGAUAUUGCGAGUGCCAACAUUGAUCUAAACCUCUAUGGUUCUCACCCAUUUUAUAUGGACGUGCGGUCUGCUUCCUCUGAUGGUAGAAUUAAGGCGGGCAAUGCUCAUGGCGUGCUGCUGUUAAACAGCAAUGGCAUGGAUAUAAUCUACACCGGGGACAGAAUCACGUACAAAGUCAUCGGUGGGGUUAUCGAUUUGUAUUUCUUUGAGGGACCGUCACCGGAACUUGUAAUGCAGCAGUAUACAGAACUUAUUGGCCGGCCAACUCCCAUGCCAUAUUGGUCCUUCGGUUUCCACCAAUGCCGCUAUGGCUACAAGAAUGUUGCUGACCUCGAACUUGUGGUCUCUGGAUAUGCAAAAGCCCAUAUUCCACUUGAAGUCAUGUGGACCGACAUCGACUAUAUGGAUGGCUACAAGGACUUCACUCUAGAUCCGAUCAACUUCCCCAAGGAAAAGAUGAAACGCUUCGUUAAUGCCCUCCACAGAAAUGGCCAGAGAUAUGUGCUCAUUGUGGAUCCAGGCAUUAGCGUGAACAAGACGUACGGGACCUACACUAGAGGGGUGAAGGCGGAUGUCUUCAUCAAACGGCAUGGCGUCCCUUACUUGGGCGUUGUAUGGCCUGGGCCCGUGUACUUCCCCGACUUCCUGCACCCAGCGAGCGAGGGCUUCUGGGAAGGCGAAAUAAAGAGAUUUCAUGAUAUCCUUCCAUUCGAUGGCCUGUGGAUCGACAUGAAUGAGAUAUCCAAUUUCAUCACAUCUCCUCCUGAUAACCAUUCGACGCUAGAUAAUCCUCCAUACAGCAUUAACAAUUCAGGAUCCAACCGACCCAUCAACAACAAGACGAUUCCCGCAACAUGUGUACAUUUUGGUAACAUCACGGAGUAUAAUGCUCAUAACCUAUACGGACUCCUCGAGUCUAGAGCGACAAACUUGGCAUUAGCCAAAGUAAGGGGGAAAAGGCCAUUUGUCCUCUCAAGAUCGACCUUCGUGAGCUCAGGGAAGCACACAGCACACUGGACAGGAGAUAAUGCCGCCACAUGGGACGAUUUGGCCUACUCGAUUCCGGCCAUUUUGAACUUUGGGCUGUUUGGAAUUCCAAUGGUAGGAGCUGACAUAUGCGGCUUCUCUAGGAAUACAACCGAAGAGCUUUGCAAGAGAUGGAUUCAGGUAGGGGCCUUUUACCCUUUUGCAAGAGACCACUCGGAGAAGUUUACAAUUCGUCAAGAGCUUUACCUUUGGGAUUCAGUCGCAGCUUCAGCGAGGAAGGUGCUCGGGCUUCGGUACCGACUACUCCCAUACUUCUACACACUAAUGUACGAGGCGCAUACAACGGGAGUCCCCAUUGCACGACCACUGUUUUUCUCUUUCCCUGAAGAUGACAGGACCUAUGACAUAAGAUUACAAUUUCUGAUUGGUAAGGGCGUCCUCAUCUCACCCGUGGUGGAGCCUGGAGCAGUUUCAGUCGAUGCAUACUUCCCUGCAGGAAGCUGGUUCGAUCUCUUCAACUACUCAAACUCGGUAAGUGUAAAUUCAGGGAAAUAUGUGACACUGGAUGCACCGCGAGAUCAUCCGAAUGUCCAUGUUAGAGAAGGAAACAUACUGGCCAUGCAACGCGAGGCAAUGACGACCAGUGAAGCUCGGAAAACACCAUUCGAGCUAUUAGUAGUCAUCGGCAAUGAUGGAAAGAGCUCAGGGUACGUGUUUGUGGAUGACGGGGAGGAAGUCGAGAUGGGAAACAGAGGAGAUAAAUGGAGUCUAGUGAGAUUUUACGGGGGAAGAAUAGGAGAUGAUAUAUUUGUUCGAUCGGAGGUAACAAAUGGGGAGUACGCAUUGGGCCAGAAAUUGGUAAUAGAUAAGGUGACUUUUCUAGGAUUGACAAAGAAAACCAGACGGACUAGAUACGAAUUAUAUAGCACAUUGGGAGAGAAGCUCAACCACACUUCGAUUACGGAGGCAAGCUCAACCGACGGUAUCGGGGAGCAGUUCAUGAUCCUUACAAUCUCACCGCUAUCGCUUCACUUGGGUGAGGAAUUCAAGUUGGAAUUCAAACUGAAGGAAAACCACUGCUCCGAGUAGCAGAAUAUGAAAGAAGCCGAAGGACACGACUAUAUAUGCCAUCUAUCAAGCAUUCUAGCUUCCCUCCCCUUCCCUUCCCUUCCUUAUGGGAAAUAUUAUAAGUAAAUUAGCACCGGUGUACUUUAUACAAUUCUCCUAAAAAUAAAGAAGAAAAAGUUAUUAAAAAAAAAAGAGCCAAUCCAUACCCUAUCGCAA